GGUAUAGACAGCGCGAGAGCGUGCGGCGGGCGGAUACUAGUGCCUUCCGCAGUCAUCAUUGGGGUUGAUCAGAACUCUCCAAAUGUGAAAUUUUGAUUGUAUUUGCACGAUUGUGUAGGCUAGUGCCUGUUAACGGUCCUUCUACACAAGUGGUCUUUUUGAAAGAAAGGUGUAACCUUCGGAUCCGUUCAAACAUUUCGAAAGAUGACGGAUGGCCGUGUUUGCGAAACGCCCGCCUGCAACAAGCCAGCUAGUUUGCAGUGUCCGACCUGUUUAAAAAAUGAUUUACCUCCGACAUUUUUCUGCUCACAGGACUGUUUCAAAUCCAGCUGGAAGGAACACAAGUCCGUCCACAAAAAAGCUGAAAAGAGGGAUGGAGAUAAAUACAACCCAUGGCCCAGAUAUUUCUUCACAGGUCAGCUGCGGCCGUACCCGGUCACGCCCAAGCGUGAGGUGCCCGACCACAUACCGCGCACAGACUACGCCGACCACCCGAAAGGCGUGCCGAUCUCGGAGCAGAAGGUGCGCGGCUCGGCCUACAUCAAGCCGCUGGAUGACCAGGAGGUGGAGGGCAUGCGGCUGGCCUGUCGCCUCGGUCGCGAGGUGCUGGAGGAGGCUGCUGCCGCCGUCGCCGUCGGCGUCACCACCGACGAGAUCGACCGUAUCGUGCACGAGGCCUGCGUCGAGAGGGAGUGCUACCCGUCACCGCUGAACUACUACCAGUUCCCCAAGAGCUGCUGCACCUCUGUCAACGAGGUCAUCUGUCACGGCAUCCCGGACGGUCGGCCGCUCCAGCAGGGCGACAUCUGCAACGUGGACGUGACGGUGUACCACCGCGGCUUCCACGGCGACCUGAACGAGACGUACCUGGUGGGCGAGGUCAGCAGCGAGGCGCGCGACCUGGUCAAUGUCACCUGGGAGUGCUUGCAGAAGGCCAUCGACAUCGUUCGACCGGGCGAGAAGUACCGCGAGAUCGGCAACGUGAUACAGAAGCACGCGUCGGAGCGGGGCUACGCGGUGGUGCGCUCCUACUGCGGCCACGGCAUCCACCGGCUCUUCCACUGCAGCCCCAACGUGCCGCACUACGCGCGCAACAAGGCCGCCGGCGUGAUGAAGGCCGGACACUGCUUCACCAUCGAGCCCAUGAUAUCGCAGGGCACGUGGCGGGACGAGCAGUGGCCCGACAACUGGACGGCGGUGACGGCCGACGGCAAGCUGUCGGCGCAGUUCGAGCACACGCUCCUAGUCACAGAGACUGGCGUGGACGUGUUGACGAAGCGGGACGGCACCACGCUGCCAUUCUUCCUGGACCGCUCCUGAUGAACGUCGCCGGACCAGCCAUCGAUGACGUCACGAGGCGCGGGUCGCGGCCACGUGCCGCCGGUGUGUGUUCCGUGUUCGCCGGUAACCACUCACGCUCCUUGAGUAUGCCGUGUAAUAAAUGCAUCGCACUCUUG